UUCAAGUAUGUAGGGAGGGCAAGUCCAGACUGAACUAAGGGUGUGACAAAAAGAAAAUAGGCGUUGCUUGUCAUGCGGUAGUAAAAUUACAAGAGGGUCAAACAAGACGUGAUUUUGACUGCCAGGCUCCGGUCUGCUGCCUUGCUUCGGAUCCAGUGGCUCUGUGUGAACGGACACGAACCGACUCCGAAUCGCUCGGAUAUAAGACACGAUCAAGGAUUUGUCAUGAAAAGGAGAGAAAAGCAUCUAAAAUAAGGGCUGUCAUUUUCUGUGUCUUUCUGUCUUUUAAAAUCCAGUGUAAUGUUGCGCAAGUUCAGUUCGGAGGGUGCGCUGUUGGAGCUGGACCUCCUGCCCUGGGGGGACACAGAUGGGACCUUGGAGGAUGGGGCAGAUGGAGCCUCAGCAUCCUGUCCUUGCACCCCAGAUGCGAUGUCAAGGAGUGCAGGAAAGGGGGGGCUCAAGAGAGAUCAAAGCUUUAGUAUGGAAAACCUGUCUGACUUGGAGAAAGACUCCGGUUUACUGAAAGUGACGAACCUUAAUGAGAGCUUUAAAGCGUACAGUGACAGCCAGCUCACUGGCACUGCUAAAGGCAGCUGUGAGAGUGUGGGAAAGUGUGAAGCGCAGCACCACUCCCCGUCAUCCACACUGAAAUCUGGCCAAACGCACGUCUCCUCAAAACCUCCCCACUAUCACCGGCAGCAAGCUCGGGCCAAACUGGCAGCUGCUAAAUUACACGUUAAAAGUUUGUUUGGACAGGGUUCACCACAGUCCUCAAAUUCAAAUUUGACAAGUGCGGAGCACAGAGAGAACGUAGCCAGUGCUAAAGAGAGGCGUUCUCGAAUGCCUUUCCUCAGGCAGUGGAGUGAGGUGGGCCACAGCAGAGCUCAGCUCAGCAGGACGGAGAUGGAGAGCUGGGCCAAGUCCCUUGAUGCUUUGCUGGAAAGCAGAGUGGGAGUCACAGUGUUCGAAGCGUUCCUGCGAUCCGAGUAUAGUGAGGAAAACCUGCAGUUCUACUCGGCUUGUGAGCAGUACAGACAGUCGUCCAACAAAUUCAGCCUGCAGAGACGGGCGAAAAUGAUCCUGGAGACUUACAUCCAGCCGGGUGCUCCCAGAGAGGUGAACCUGGACUGUAAGACGAGAGAACUGACCCUUGAGCUCCUCAAAGCCCCCUCUCACACGUCCCUCUCACACGCUCAGAAACGCAUCUACUGCCUGCUGGAAAUGGACAGUUACCCCCGCUUCCUCCAGUCAGAGAUCUACCUCACACUUCUGAGGGACUCCUAUUAGAUCCAGAGUGGGUUAAAUGUCUGAAAAAGCGGAGUCAUCCUAAAAACUGAACAGACAUCAUGCCUGGAGAGUGCAAACAUGUCUCUAUCAUGAAAAAAAUAUAUAUAUUCAUCCAAACUACUGAAGAAUGUUUUAGUGAUAAAAAAGGAAACAGAUGAUGCAAUUGUCUUGAACUUGAAUGCAUAGUGUCUAAAGAGACAUGCAAUGGGGAAAGAAGUGCUGAGAUUUUACUUUUGAUAUGGUCUUUUUUUAUCUGGCAUGUAGACAGUCAACCAAGAGAAAAACACGUCUGGCCAGAAUGGGCUGUUCAGGGAAAGGCCGGAGCACUUAUAACUGUGACUUUAGGGUCAUGACUCCAGCUGUAUGUGUGGAUACAAACCAGCAGCACUAAUAACUCAUUCCUCCAAUUUACUUUCCAAUAAAUAAUUCUAUAAUAUAGUUAAAUAGAUAUUCAAACAAAACCUCAAGCUCUCAACAAGACGAACUUCAAAUAGACUGUUAUCUAAAUAAGCAAUUGAACACAUGUACUUUAAAUAUAAGUUGGAUACUUCCUUGUAGGCUUAACAGACGGCCAGAUUGCAUAUUAAAGCUGUACUCGUCAUUCAUUUGAAGAAAAUGUGACUGUAGACAUUGAAUCAAAGGUCUAUCAAGGAGUUUGGCCCUUUUUUAAAUCGUCACACAUAUAUAAGUGGCACUCUGUAGAGCGUGCUUCAGGGAAAUGUCACAAGUUGACAAGGGUUCAAAUGCAGACGCUGAACGGGAAACUGUCACCAGAACCAAUAGCAUCCCAGUAAGCACAUGUACAUUUCCAAGGCUUCGGUUAAAGAGCAAUUACCCUGAAGAGCACUGUAUACUUGUUAUUUAACAACUGAAGAACAUCUUAAAAAGAGCAGAUCACAAAAAUGUCAAACUUGAACAUCUGAGCGGGAAAAUGUUUUAAAUGUAUAUUCCAGAUGAACGCACAUAGAUAAAACAAAUGGUGAUGUGUUUGUAUUUUAGUGUCUGUUGAUGAUGUCUGCCAGACGGUUAAUGUAUUAUUAAUGUACACAUGCUACCAAGAACCGCAUGCACUAAUGUCCUUUGUCAAAUGUUUUCCAAGGGUUUAAUCUGUUUUGAGUAUAAUAUAAAGGACUUCCUCAAGGGAAUCACGGAAUUAUGUGAUCAGUGUACAAGAAUGAGCAUCAGUUUGAAUAUCGGAGUAUUUAUGUUGUUUGAGAGCAGCGAUGUAAAUGAAUCGAACAGAAGAAAAGUUCCACCGUUUAAUUUAAUUUUCACAAAAAAAAAGUCUGUACUUUUGCAUUGACCUGUUUUUGAAAAACAUUAUAAAACAUUUUAGAAAAUUGUGAUUAUAAAAGCACAACCCAUAAAACAAACAGCUGAAACAUUUAUAAACAGGACUGAUAAAAAAAAUUAAGUUACAAAUAGCUGCUGAUGUUUUUUCAUUAAAGCUCUUUUUUAACUUUCAUGGUUUAAUAAAAAUUCUUACAAACAAUUUCUCCACCCUUUAUUAUUCUCACUUCUUUGCGAUGUCCAUCAGUUAAUUUCUCUUCUUAAAGGGGUCAUAUGAUGCUACAAGCACUAUUACAAGUUGAAAUGCGUGUUGGUAUUGUGUACACAACCACCCUAUAAUGAUAAAGACGUACCAAGUGUUUCUUAAUCGUUGCCCCUUUCUCAAAUGAGCCGAUCUCAGAUGACUGUCUUUGUGAUGUCACACAGACAGGCUCCUCCCACAUUCCUUUGAUUGACAGCAGUGUUUCAUCGAUCUAGUACGAGUUCACAGGUGGGAAGUCACAGGCUUGACUGCUGUUCCAGUGCGGGUUAAAAAAACGGGUUAUGGGUGACCUGGAACAUGUCAUUAGACUCACCCUUAGUGAGCGGUCAUCAGUCCACCAUUGUUUCACCACCGGAGCAGAUAUAGACAAGCUUAAAUGAUUGAGGUGUUUUGUUGUUGGAUGUAACAAUGAACAUAGGAGUCAUCAUUUACUCCCAAAAUCUGAGCCACUGAAGAUGCAGUGGAUUACGUUUGUUUUUGAAGAUAAGGCGCUCUACCUAAAUGCGUUUAUCUUUGCGCGAAUCAUUUGUGGUCUCGCUUCACCAACAAAAAUUUAGUAUAAUGUUUUUAAUUAAUCUUUGAAAAUCGUCUUUCCUAAUAAUGUGGUAAUUAGCAAGUGUCACGACGAAUGCGAGUCUCUCUGAGAGCGACUCGGAAGAGAGGGGCGGGGUCAGCAGAACUCAUUAACAUUUAAAGGAAAAUGCAACAAAUGGCUUGCUCUGAAAAAAGGUU